AUGUUUUGUACCGUCUUUCCGAGCCUACGUAUCCACCAUUGCCAUGAUUACGGCUCCCCGCAAAGCCUCCUUUCUGCAGGCCGUCUUUGCCCGCGUCCGAGCGGUGACUCGUCGUUGGACCUCCUGUCUGAUAUGCAAACGGCCGCGCGUUCGAUCGACGCAGACGACGUCUCUGGCGCGGGCAAGCCCGGCUCUCGCUCCCACCUUACCCGGACCAAGUUUUGA